UAUUAAAGCGUCCGAUGAUGAAACAUGAAAAGGGAUGAUUUGUAAAGUUUUAAGCGGGUUUCUCUUUUUGGCGAUCGUCUAAUUGUUUUUUUUUAGAAUGAGAGGCGGUACAUAAUAAUGAUUUACAGGAUCCCACCUUUGGUCUUAAUCGGUACUUGAUUAACCAUGUCUGGAAUACAAAAUACAGUGUUGCACGUGACAAUCAGACUCAUCUGGGGAGCAUUCAGACUGCGAUCAACUGUCACAAGUGGUUAUGGAGAAACCGUGCAUAUUAGCUACCACACUUGGAGGACCCGGAGGCAUCUACAAGUGUUUUGAACCUUGUAUCGAGAAACACUUCACUAUUAUCCCAUAUGAGAGGUUUGUACAGAGGAAAGAAGACUUCGCUGCCAAAAUUCAGGCACUGUUUGUGUGGGGUGUAGCUAUUAAAGUUGACCAAAGCCUGUUACAGUCUUUGCCUAACCUCAAAGUUGUUGUUAAUGGUGGGGUAGGAGUAGACCACCUUGAUAUUCCUCUGAUAAAUAGCUUUGGAGUCAAAGUUUCCAACACUCCUCAUGUGGUGGAUAACGCCACUGCAGAUAUUGGUAUGAGUUUGAUGCUGGCAUCUGCAAGAAAGAUUGUUGAGGGGCACAAUUUUUCCAAAUUCCGGGAAUCUGAUGAUUUUCCAGAGUCUUCUCUGGGCACUGAUGUUAGCGGGGCCACCCUGGGCAUCAUCGGCAUGGGUAGAAUAGGAUACAAAAUCGCCAAAAGAGCUCAAGGGUUUGAGAUGAAAAUCCUUUACCACAAUAGGAAUCGAAGGCCUGAGAGUGAAGAAAGAGCAGUUGGGGCCACAUAUUGUGCAAGCAUAAAGGAGCUGCUACAGAGGUCAGACUUUGUCAUGGUGGUGGUCAAUCUGUCCCCUCAGACGCACAAACUGAUUGGUGCCAAAGAGUUUGCCAUGAUGAAACCCAAUAGCACCCUUAUCAACAUUAGCAGAGGCUUGGUAGUAGACCAAGAUGCUUUAGUGGAAGCUCUCCAGAAGAAAAUGAUACGAGCUGCAGGUUUAGAUGUUACGUAUCCCGAACCAUUGCCCAGGGAUCAUCCCCUGCUGGCCAUCCCAAAUGUCAUCGUCUUGCCUCAUGUAGGAACCCACACCAUGGAGACGUCUCAGAUCAUAGUGGAGAGGAUGGUGACCAAUGCCUUGGCUGCUCUAACUGGAGGCCAGAUCCCUGAUGAGGUCAAGGCAUAGUGCCAGAUCACAGAGCCAUCUGUCCCUGCUUUGUUUUUAACCAGCAAAGCAUAGAAAAUACUAAUAGAGAUGGAAAUCAUCAUAUUUUAAAACUAGAUAGCACAAUGUAUAGUAGAUGUGAUUGUUUUGUGAUUUUUGUGUGUGUGUGCAAAUAAGUCAUCUUUUAAAUGUUAUAUGGAUACUUCAUAUGUUAAUUCCACAUAGAAUAUUAAAUUGUUUGUUAAAUUGAAUAGCACAUUAUAAAUUAAUAUAUAGCAGUCAACAUUUAAAGUGGAUCAAAAAAGUUCAUCAAAGUUGUCCUAAGAAGAAGGUUUUAGGACGACUUUGAUGAAAGGUUUUGAUCCACUUAAAAUGUUGACAACUGUAUUUCCCUCCAAUAAACUCUGUCAUAACUGUGAUCAUUUAAAAAAUGAUCCUGAUGCGAAGAAAUAAUUACUCAAAAAUAAACUUAGCAAUGCUAUAA